UGCAGCUCCUCACCGUGUCACUUGCCUCAAAAGUACAUUUAUUCAAAAAGAAAAUAAAGGAACAUUCCUGGAGCCUCUCUAAGGAACUUUUCAGUCAGUAACAAGGUCCAGCCAAGGUUGAGGAAGAAGCUCAUUUCCGCUACUUUAAACCCUGAAAUCCUGAAAAACCGCCUCUUGUCCCGCUGCGCGCCACUAUGCCGGGAGUCGUGGAUCGCAUGGAGCUGAGGAAGGUCUCCACAGAGGCCGACGAUGACAGCACCGACAGCCUGGACGACCGCUACACAGAGCCCAUCGACUCUGAGAAGGCCACCAUCGACAGUCAGUUUCUGGAUGACAAUGAUGGCGGAGAGAGCCAGAAGUUCCUCUCAAAUGGGAUGAUGAAGAAGAAGAAAUAUGAGGAGUACCAUGAGGAAUAUCAUCCUGGCCACACCUCUUUCGGGAUGUCUGUCUUCAACUUGAGCAAUGCCAUCAUGGGCAGCGGCAUUCUGGGCCUGUCCUUUGCCAUGGCGAACACCGGCAUCGUGCUCUUUACAAUCCUGCUCGUCGCUGUGGCCAUCCUCUCCUUAUAUUCCGUACAUCUGCUCCUUGUGACGGCUAAAGAAGGAGGAUCCCUCAUCUAUGAAAAGCUGGGGGAGCGAGCGUUCGGCUGGCCAGGGAAGAUGGCGGCGUUCGGAUCCAUAAUCAUGCAGAACAUUGGAGCCAUGUCCAGCUACCUCUUCAUCGUGAAGUACGAGCUGCCUGAAGUGAUCCGAGCCUUCCUGGCUUUAGAAGAAAACUCCGGUGAAUGGUACCUGAACGGGAACUACCUGGUGGUGUUCGUGUCCAUCGGAGUCAUUCUGCCUUUGUCUCUCCUUAAAAAUCUGGGCUACCUGGGCUACACGAGCGGCUUCUCCCUUUCCUGCAUGGUCUUCUUCCUGGGCGUGGUGAUCUACAAGAAGACCCAGCUGCCCUGCCCUCUCCCUUUCUUCUACCAGCACUCGUCGAACCUCAGCAUGAACGCCUCCGACAUGCAGGGGCUGUACCAUCUGAAAAACAGCUCGGCGCACAUGGACUUCUCCCGCGCCGACCUCUCCCCGGCGGCCCUCGGCAGCCACGACGCCCACCACUCCACCGGCGUCCACUUCGAGCCGCACCCCGACGACGAGGAGAUGUGCACGCCCAAAUACUUUGUCUUCAACUCGCAGACGGCUUACACUGUGCCCAUCCUGGCCUUUGCCUUUGUCUGCCACCCUGAGGUCCUGCCUAUCUACAGCGAGCUGAAAGACCGCAGCAGGAAAAAGAUGCAGAACGUCUCCAAUCUGUCCAUCAUGACGAUGCUCGUCAUGUACAUGCUGUCGGCUCUGUUCGGCUACCUCACCUUUUAUGACAACGUGGAGGCGGAGUUGCUCCACACCUUCACCAAGGUUUAUAAGUUUGACACCAUGCUGCUGCUGGUGCGUUUGGCUGUUCUCACUGCAGUCACCCUGACUGUCCCCAUCGUGCUGUUUCCUAUCCGCUCCUCCAUCACCACGCUGCUGUUCAGCGGUCGGGAGUUCAGCUGGACUCGCCACAUGCUGAUCGCCGCCGCCAUCCUGGCCUUCAACAACAUGUUGGUCAUCUUCGUGCCCACCAUCAGAGACAUCUUUGGCUUCAUCGGUUCGUCUGCAGCCACGAUGCUCAUCUUCAUCCUACCUGCUGCUUUCUACCUCCGCCUCGUGAAAUCAGUGCCGUCACGCUCCCCACAGAAGAUCGGGGCGGCCAUCUUCCUAGUCGUGGGAAUCGUCUUUAUGAUUGGCAGCUUGUCACUCAUCGUCCUGGACUGGGUCCACAACCCCCCAGGCUCCAGCGGUGGCCACUAAGCCCCCUCUCCUUCCCCAUGAUUCGCGUUCAAGAGUGCAGCAACCCCCCUUCACCCCCACCCCGACACAUCUCUUUUGGUUUUCCUCAACUGGUCCAACAUCUGGGUCCCCUUCCAUUCGCCACAUCUCAAGCAUUGCUCAUAAAACCGCAACAUAAUGGACAUAAUGUGCUGCACCGGGUUCAGACAUCUUCAGUUUUUCCCCCAGAGGAAAUCACUGGAGGGAGACGUUUGUUUCCAAUUUUUUGCGUUUUUGUUUUUUUGUUGCCGUAAAGUUCUGGAUGUGACACCACACAAACGAGAGAAUCAAACCCUGGAGAGGGAGUGAGAGGCGUGCCACCGUCAUCACUGUCAUCGUUGUUAUUUCCAGCUAUAAAGAGACAGAACAAACACAUGCGGCGCAGCCCUCACCUGAAGCAGAUCUGUGAACUGCCAUCCGCAGGGCUGGAAAGACGAUAGGAGUCCCUCGGCCCUCUGCACUUACAGGAGACGUUUGGAGGUGGAGUGCGUCGUCCCCCACGAAACAAGGAGCACUUCUAGGGCCUAGAAGUUUCACUUUGCGUGUACACCUAACACACACGCACGCAUAUACAGUAUACACACACAUAUAGACAUAGCAAAACACGUCUACGCCUGUAUUCAAGCAACGACCCGCAGAAAAUUCCUGACAUUCAUGAAGCUGUCAGCUCAUCUCAAAACAGCGGUUAAUCAAUAACUUCAUUCAGUCAUGUGGAACGUUGAUUCAAGAACGUUUCUAUUAUCUCACUGCUCGGCUACAUGUUACCAAUCAGAAGCUUUGCCAAAGUCUACAUGCACAUGCCGUUACAAUUGAUCAGGUUGAUGCUAAAGCUUCCCCACGGCCUAUUACUGUCACAGAGGGGACUGAACAUGCAAGGCAUCAAGGGACAUAAUCAAGUAUGUCUGCUAAAAACAAGCAAGAGUUGUUGGUAUUUUAGGAAAUGUGCUUAUUCGAUACUCUCUUGUGAUAUGAAGCUAAUGCUAUCCAGCAGCUUCUAUAAAGACUGGAAGCAGAGGAAAGGAGCUCGCUAAGGAGCUCGCUAGCCCACAACUCAGUGUUUUUACAGUUUGUUUACAUUGUCUGUUUCAGUUUUCAUGCAGAUUCAACUACUGAGAUAUGUUUCUACCGCUAAGCUUUGGAGUUGGUCGUUGGUGGGUUUUUAGCUUUGGCUCGCUGUUUUCCCCCGCUAUCAGUCAUACUGCUAGGCUUAGCUAGCUCUCCUCAAGCGAGGCUUAGCUAACCGUCUCCUGUCGCGAGCUUCGUAUUUAGCUAAGGUGUGACCCAUUUUUUAAGUGCAAGUCUGUAAACAAAGCUCAAAGAAUAUGUCUUUUCCUUUAAACGGAAAAGACAUAUUCAGGUUGUGUGUUUUGUAGGUAAACACGUGGGCCACUUCUUCUGUUUUGUUGAUUCAGUUCUUAAUCUGCUCAGCAGGCGGUUACAUGAUUUCAGUGUUCACUGUUGUCGUACAUUCAAUCAAUAAUCAGAUAAAACGCUAACAGGAUUAUUUUUAAACGGUGCCUUUUGGAUUGUUCUCAUUGUAAUUGGCUUGUAACACCAGUGCCUUUGGUAGAGUCAAUGACGAUAUCACCAUGACCUCAUCUCAGCUCUUCUCCGAUGCCGUUGCGUGUCACGAACACAUCCAGCCAAAGUUGACAACAUUAAUAGAUCCUUUGCGGAUCUACGUACGUGAAACGAAUAGAUAUUUCAAAUGAAAUAGUGUAUUAUGUGCAUGUUUUUGGAUUACAAACAUGGUCUUUUUGGACAAUUGUAUAUGCUCUGUAAAUAAUCUUUAUUUUAUGGUACACUGACACUCAUUGUCUGUGAGUGGGUCGUUGGGGGACUCGGCCUUACAAGUCUUCUGCGAUCCACUGUUUGUUCUAGUACAUAUAUAAAUAUAUAUAACAUGUGUUAGAUCUUUUUUUUUCUCUUGCUUGUAUAUUUGUAGAAAAUCUGGUCUCUAUAUAUCCAUUUUUAUGUUUUGAUGUUAACUUGUCGUAUCAGGAUGAAUUAAUCAACAGCCUACUUCAGAACAUGGUUUUCCCAGAAGUCUCGGAAACAAGGCAGCACAUUUCUGUAGCUUAUCGGCUCCUGCUGACCAACACCGGGUUGCAAUUAAAGCCACAAAUAAGCAGUAUUGAUGUUGAAUGUGCUUUCAAAAACAGGAGCAGGACGAGAAGUAUUUCGUGUCUACACUACAGGAAGGUUCGCACAGGGAAGAACGUCUUUAGCAAUUUGUUUAAAGUGCUGUGUGUAGUUGUACAAAAUGAACAAGAACCUCCCGUGCUCAUUGGUUCUGAAGCUCUACCUGGACAACCGUGCGCAGUUGUAGUCCAUACCUUGUGUGGCUUAUAACCCCCUGCUGUCAUAGAAAAACCCUUCCAAACUCAGUUUUGUUGAGGUUUGAUUUCCACGACGUUACUUGAAAGUGAAGCUUUCCACGGCCUGAUGGAGUCAGCGAGCUUCACGAACAAAGGGUCCAUGCAGCCCCUGCAGUACUCGCUAUGAAUGUUCAACAAUGGAUCGUACUCAGUUUGAAAAUCUGGCUCUCUCUCUCGCUGCAUUUAUUCAGAAUUUUUGGCUGUAACCUCAUUAGCCUUCUGCCGUCAGUGGCUUAUUCUGCUCAUCCGCAAAACAGUUUCCUCUCUUCCUUGGGUUGGGUUUCAUCUUUUUUAAUUGCUCUUCUGACAGAGAAGAAAGAGAGGCAGCAGGUUUUCAACAGAAUUUCCAACAGCGACACCUCUACCCUCUGUAGUAUCUCAGGUAUCGAGUCUGGAUGAAUUUUCCUUCUCACUUUCGGAUAACUUCAAAUCUCUUCACCUUUUGCAUGAUUGAGCCAAGCUGUACAAUGCUGUUGUAUAUUGUUCUGGCCUCGAUGAGAAGUCGACUUGUGAAUAUGUAAAAGUGGGCACGUUCACAGCUAAUCUUGACAGUGUUUAGAGAGGAUAGAGUAGAAAAGAAAAGAAACGAAAACACCUUUAUUGAAAGGAGUCGUGCAGAACCACCUGCCUUAUUUUUGAAUGACCCUCAGCCGUGGUGAAGCACUUGCUCAAAGUUUCUGCUGUUCACAGUCUCUCCGCUUUCUGUGGAUCAGGCUGAACAUUCACAUUUGUAAUUUUACCCAAACAAAGGGGAUGUUUUUGUAUCAGUGAUGCUGUUUCAUUAUGAUGAACAAUAA